AUGACGUCGCAUUCGAUAGUCAGGGACAAGGAACCCAUCAUCGAUAACAAGGCUGUGUCGCAAGACGAAUACAGCUGUACUUCAUCUGAACACCACAGCGAGGAGGUAGUCGAGCAACAUGACGAACGAGACGCAACAGGAAGCACCAGUAUGGUACCAGACAAAGAAGCGCAAUUAGAUGCACGCUCAACACUCACUGCCGAAUCCGGCCUGCCACCUGCCCCCGACGGUGGACUCCACGCAUGGCUCAAAGUCCUAGGCGGCUUCCUAAUCUACAUGAACAUCUGGGGUUUCACCUUAACAUACGGCGCAUUCCAGUCCUACUACCGCACCUCGCUCCUGUCCUCCUCCACAGCCUCCGCCAUAUCAUGGAUCGGCACAACGCAAGCCUGCCUUCUAAUCCUUGUCGGCGUCCUCUCCGGCCCACUGUUUGACAUGGGAUACUUCCGCUCCAUGCUCCUCAUCGGCAACUUCCUCGUCGUAUUCGGUGUCAUGAUGUUAAGUCUAUCAACCACAUACUGGCAAGUCUUCCUCAGCCAGGGUAUAUGCAUGGGUUUGGGCGCAGGACUACUGUACAUCCCCAGUUUGGCCAUGGUAGGUGUGUGGUUUGACAAGAAAAGAAACGUUGCACUGGGCAUCGUCAUGAGCGGGAUUGCAGUUGGAGCAAUCAUCUACAUAACAAUGUUUAACAACCUCGUCCACCGCAUCUCCUUCCCCUGGGCCAUCCGCUCCCUCGGCUUCGUCGCCCUCGUCACCGCCCUCCUCUCCAUCCCCGCCCUCCUCUCAGGCUCCGCCUGGCUCAACAAGCCCCGCGCGCGCCGUGCCCUCUUCGACAAAUCCGCCCUCCACGACUCGCUCUUCCUCAUGUUCACUCUCGCCUCCUUCACCGUCUUCCUCGGCUACAACGUCCCUUACUUCUACAUCCCCACGUACGCCCGCGAGCGCCUCGGCGCCGACGAGCGCACCGCCUUGUACAUGCUCGUCAUGGCUAUUGCAGGCAGCUUCUUUGGGAGACUCAGCGUGGGGUUCUUGGCGCAUUACAUGGGUCCCAUUGUAACGUGGGCGCUGUGUUCGACGUGCAGUGCCAUUUUGGCUAUGAGUUGGUUGGCGAUUGAGGAUCAGAAGAGUUUUAGGGCUUUUAGUAUCUUGUGGGGCUUCUUUUCGGCGGGUCUCGUCACUUUGCCUGCAGCGGCAUUCGCAAGUAUCACUACGGAUAUGUCGCGCUUGGGUACCCGGCUCGGUAUGUCGUGGAGUGCAAGUAGCGUGGCUACGCUUAUUGGCGCGCCGAUUGCCGGUGCGCUGAUCAAGAGGGAAAAUGGUCGGACAAACUUUAUCGGCGUGCAGUUGUGGAGCGGUGUUUUUCUUCUCCUGGGAACGGGAACUCUGGUCGUUUUGUGGGCUAUGGUGGUCAGGAAGCAGAAAAGUGGGUGGAAAGUAUAA